AGUCCCACCAUCACUUCUUACCAGAGACCCUUUAACCCUUAAUCACGAACCUCCUCAAAAUUCUUCCAUAAUACUUCUCUCUCUCUCUCUCUGCACAUUUAUUGAAGUUCAUAACAGGUGAAUUGAUUUCAUCAUCAUUAAUGGCUUCCUUUUGGUCAUUCUUGACAACUUUCAUGGUCUUCAUGGCCUAUUUUUCUUCACCAGCUUUUACAUCUCAAGUACAUGUACAGUUUUCUACCAUAUCAGCAGCCCCUGCAUUGUUACCUGAAGCUCCCUUAUCCUCUCCUCCAAGUUUAUCACCAGAUAUUGAGCCUGUGUUCCCUACUACUGGAGCUGGGGUACCUUCUCCAGCUGAGUCAUCACUCCCCACCAUUCCUUCUAGCCCAAGUCCUCCGAAUCCAGAUCUUAUCGAUCCAGCUCCAGGGCCUGUGUUUGCAAUAUCACCAUCUGGGUCUUUACCAGCUUCUUCUGCCACUUCUCUAAGUUCAUCAGGACCUUUAAAUCUAGCUGUAUGCUUUCUGGGUUUGCUGGUGUUUUGCUUGAUGCAGCUUUCUGCUUUGUGAGGUACUCUUGGUGGCAGCUCCAUUAUUGUUGCUAGUGGUUCCACUUUCUCUUUUAUUUUUAGUUGAUUUCUUUUUGUAGUAUAUAGUUUAAUGUCAUAUUGUGAUGUUAGGUGAGAAUGAAAGUGUGUGGCAUUGUUUUUAUUUUUAUUUUUAUUUUUAUUUUUCUGAGGAAGGCAUUGUUUUAACUAUGUGGUAGGAUAUUUGUCUUGAAAACUAUUAAAUAAAUAAAGUUGCAUUCUCAAUUCUUAUA